UUCCCCAAAUCGUAAUUUCUUUCGUCCAUUGAUGCGAGGCCUCCACCCCGCCGGCGAGGUGAGCGAUGAGCCUCACGGCGGCCUUCCGAGCCGCUAAAAUCCCCCGCAUUCUUCCUUCCAAACCCGACAAGGCCCCCGCCGCCUCCGUGUCCGGAGAUCCAUCGGCGGAUCCCGCGAACAAGAAGGCGGCGCCACCGUGGUGCGUCUACCUUAUAGCCUCCUCCCGGAUCCCCCGCACCUACGUCGGCGUCACCACCGACUUCCCUCGCCGCUUGCGACAACAUAAUGGCGAGUUGAAAGGUGGUGCAAAAGCUACCUGUGCUGGAAGCCCAUGGAAUCUCGCAUGCCUUAUUGAAGGCUUUGCUAGCAGAAGUGAAGCCUGUGAGUUUGAAUCGAAAUGGAAGAACAUCUCAAAGAAAAUGGCACGGAAAAGGAACGAGCCUAGCAUGAAGUCAGUGUUGCAGCAUCGAGAAGCGGCGUUGAGCAGAGUGGAGACCUCCAUAGAUUUUAGCCAACUAAAAUCAAAUGGCACUCAAGUUGAGGUUAUUUAUCCGUACUGUACAGGAAUCUAACUGUGCGAAAAAUCAACACCUAACCAUAAAUGUUAUUGUAUUUGUUCUCUAAAACAUGAACAAGAUAUGAUCAAGACGGCUAUUGUAUUUGUUCUCUAAAACAUGAAGACGCCAGAAGAGGCAGCUGCGGGUUGCAAUUUUAUGUUUUGUUGAUUUGUAUGGGCAUUGUUUCAGAAUGUAGAAGGACAGGCAGAGUCUUCCAUUACAGCAGCUAUAUCUCGUGUGAUGGACCUCUGUCUAAAUGUAAAUGACACAUGUGUACUGUAAUCACUUAUAUUUCAUUUGGCAUGUUUGGAUAGAGGGAAAAUGAACUAAUUUUCUUGCCGAUCCAAAGGUGGAUUAGGCCAAAUCCCUGUCUAUCCAAACAGCUCCCUAAGUUAUUUCGCUUUA